GGCUCGUCCCAGGUGCACGUGUCGCCGGAAGCCCCCGUGGUGGAGCACGGAGGGUCCCUCUGGAUUAACUGCAGCCACACGUGUAACUACUCUUCUGACCCGGGGGGCCUGGAGACCCCGCUCACAAAAAGCAUCGAAGAACGUGGGCCCGGCUGGAAGGCCUUUCACCUCACCAACAUCACGCAGUGGAACCCGACCCUUCAGUGCCACUUCACCUGCCCUGGUGAAAACGUGACCAUCGCAUCUACAAACCUCUCCGUUUACCGGGCGCCGGAGCGGGUGGUGCUGGAGCCACUGCCAGGGAUGGAGCUGGGCCGGGCCUAUAACCUGACGUGCCGGGUUCUGAACGUGGCUCCCGUCCGACACCUCAGCGUGACCCUGCUCCGGGGGGGCCGGGCCCUGCACACGGAGACCUUCCGGACCCGCCCCGGGAACGAGCCCGACAGCGUCACCGUGACCCACGAGAUCAGCCCUGGGCGCUGGGACCACGGGCAGCAGGUCACCUGCCAGGCGAGCCUGGACCUGGCGCCGCGCGGGCCCCGGCUGCAGAGCAACUCCUCGGCGGCGGAGCUGCGGGUGUUCGCAACGCAGCCCGUGGGGGGCAGCCGGGCCACACACAGCUCUGACCUGGUCCAUGCAGGUCUCCCCCAGCCCCUCCUGGAGAUCAACAAGACCCAGACCCUCGCGGGCAGCAACGUGACUCUUACCUGCCACUCUGCGAUGGAGCCCCCGCGCGCCCUGCUCACGCUCCGAGACCCCGUGAGAGUCCUGGCCUCCGGCACCGAGCCCCUCGGGCACGUCUGGCUCACGGCUCGCGAGCAGGACAAUGGGCGGGAGUUCACGUGCGAAGCAAGGCCGGCCCCAGACAGCACCAACGUGAAAAGCACAGCGUCCAGGCUCAGCGUCGUCUACGGGCCCCGGCUGGACGACUCCGGCUGCCCCGGGAACCGGACGUGGGCGGCGGGGACGGAGCAAACCUUGUCCUGCGCGGCGCUGGGGAACCCCCCACCGGACGUGGCGUGCACGAAGGACGGGCGGCAGGUCAGCACCACGGCGCCGCGGCGGGUCGGGAGCGAGGACGCCGGGACCUACGUCUCCAGCCGGGAGGUGACCGUCCACGUGGAGCAUCCCAAGCCCAACUACCUGCUGUUGGUCCUGCUGCCCGCGGUUUUGUUGGGGGGGGCCUGCCUGUACUACUGCGCCCACAAGAUCCGCAAGCACCAGCUCAACACGGCCGCAGAGAACGCGCCCGACCCGGAGUCCAGCGUCUAG